UCACCUUUAGCCAGUAGUUAGUUCAUCAGUGCCUUCAGUAGUGCUCUGGUGUUUGACCUGACAAAAUAUACGCCGCAACCUUUUUGUGUAGCACCCACCACCCGCACAGUAACAGUACAACGAGAAUAGUGUAAUUGUAUAGCCUCUUCCACUGAACAGAGCUUUUUAAAAAAGAAAUCUCCACAGUGCUUCGUCUUUUUCUAUGAAGAAAACAAGGAGUUUGCCAAACAACGCGCCAUCCCGCUAAUUUGUCCACAAAUUCCUUCAAAAUUAAUUAAACUUUUUGGGGUUCGCUGUAUCUGUUCUCUAAUUGGAAUCUUUUGUGUCUCUCCCGGAAUAUACUCCGGAAGUGAUGAGUGCUGAUAAAUGGCGCCGCAAAACUCAACAUUAUUACACGAAAACGUCGUUGAUUCAGCCUCAGACUUGAGUCGCUACAGUCCAAUUUUACCCCAUGGCCGACCACAAGAAAGUCCAUUGAGGAAAAAAUCAAUAUGCACCUCAACUACAGCCAUUCAGCCUGAUUCUUAUGAUGAAAUUCCCAUUUGGAUCUGCGGGGAGCCUCGAUAUAUUUCGGGUAUCAAUGAAGCCACUACUUGUCAGGAUUUAAUAGAAGCUCUAAUUGAGGAUGAACUGAAAACCACCUCUAUUGAUGUUUCAGUUUCACGUGAUGCCGAGGAUUACGUGAUAACGGAAAAAUGGCGUUCUGUGGAGCAGCCAUUAACGUCCGAUACGCUAAUUCUACCAUUGUGGCAGGCAUGGGGUGCAGCCAGGAAUGAGGUGAAAUUCAGGUUGAAAAUUGCUCGAAAAGCCAACGAGGAGACAAUGAAAAAGAAGAAAAAAUACAAGAGACUGAAAAAAUUAAUUGGAAGAGUUUUGAAUCAAGGAAAAAUUAUUCAAGAACAUUUGGAGGCUUUUGAUGAAAAAAAUCAGAAUGGUAAAAAAAUCCUCAUGGAAACUUUUCUGGAAGACACGUCGAAAGCUCUCAAGAAGAUACAACUGAAAGAUGAUUGCGAUGAUAUGGAUAGCGGGAUUCAUUCUGUUGCUCAGAAACUUGAAAAAGCCACAAAAUCUUCCACUUCUGCCAAAAAAAUUAGAGAUUUUGCAAUUCCUCCGGAAUUUAAAAAAGCUUCAUUGCAAUUUGAUACAAUAAGGAAAGAAAUAUUGGCUAAAAUGUUCGACCUUAAGACCCUAUUGCAUCGCGAAGAGGAGCUCAUUGAUCUUCUUGAGGCGAAAAAUCAGCAAUUUCAUCGCGAAAAUGGCAUUUACUGCGAUACAACGCCCAAAUCGCGAAAACACGUUGAAAGAGUUCAGAAAAAUCUUCAAGAAUGCACGGAGGAAAUUGUCAAAGCUGAAGAUGAAUUAUUCAAGACAAAGCUGGAAAUUGAAGAAACUCACGUUAUUAUCGAAGAUCUGAGAAGCAUGAUGGUUGAUAGUGAUGUAGUGAGUGGCUUUGGGGAGGAUCAAUUCCAAAAAUUAUUCAUGGAACACGCCUUUGCUGACAAUAUUAAUGAAUUUUGUGAUAAAAAUGACACAAUAGUUGUAUAAAAAAUUAUUUUCUUAAAGAAAAAAAAAACAAACCAAUUGAAACAACGAAAAAUUAUG